GGAUCUGCCUGCAUUGGGUGUCUGGAGGGAGGGAUGCCGUUUGUCUCCAGCAUCUCCUGACAGCUCCAUGGAAUGAGAGACCCCCAGACGGAGCCCAGCCCAGCCCAGCGCCCGCCGCCGGCCUCAGACCCCGCCGCUUCCUCCGCUGCGCAGCAGAAGCUCCGACAGCUCCACGUUCUGGCUCCUCCCCUGCGGAGCUCCGAGAUGGAGGCCCCCCUGGUUUGCCUGGACGAGGAGUUUGAGGACGUUCGUUCUUACUCUGAGGAUCGAGAAGACAAAUCUAGAGGUCUCUAUAUGACGUCAUCACGGCACGCGGAAGACGCCUCCCUCUCGGAGCUGGAAAACUUCAGCUCGGAGAUCAUCAGCUUUAAGUCCAUGGAGGAUCUCGUUAACGAGUUUGAUGAAAAGCUGAACGUUUGCUUUCGGAAUUAUAACACGAAAACCGAGAACCUGGCGCCCGUGAGGAACCAGCUGCAGAUCCAAGAGGAGGAGGAACGGCUCAGAGAUGAAGAGGUCUGGGACGCUCUCACCGACAAUUACAUCCCGUUAACGGGCGAGAAAUGGAGAGAGCCGAGCCUGGAGUCUCUGAACGGAAACGAGUCGGAUUCCGAGUUUCAUGAAAAAGAGGAGGAGGAGCUGAACGAGAAGGGAGAAAAGAAUUCUGGGAUUAAAGAGGACCCGCUGAUUACUGCAGAUCAGGAGCUGCUCGCUCAGCUGUCUGUAUUCCAGGUUAUCGAGGAGAUAGAGGAGAUGAUGCAGAACUCCCCGGAUCCGGAGGAUGAGCUUGAGGAAGAGGAUGAUGAUGAUGAUGCUGGAGAUUUAUCCGUCCGUUCCGACUCUGUCCUCCUGCAGGAGAUGGAGGCUCUGAGCCAGACCUUUAACAACAACUGGUCCAUUGAAGCAGGGCUGCAGCGCAUGACCAGUAUGGAGCUGUCAGAGUUACUGGAAAGGGUGGAACGCACCAUAUGCGAUUACUCCGAGGAACUGGUGCAGCACUUGGCCCGGAGAGAUGAGCUGGAGUUUGAGAAGGAGGUGAAGAAUUCCUUUAUUACUGCCCUUAUCGAGGUCCAGAACAAGCAGAAAGAGCAGAGGGAACUGCAGAAGAAAAGAAGAAAAGAGAAAGGGCUGAGCCUGCAAAGCAACCGCACGGAGAGAACGGGCCAGAUGCCAAUGAAGCGUUUCAGCAUGGAGGGAAUCUCUAACAUCCUGCAGACCGGCAUCCGACAGACAUUUGGGAAUUCGGGAAACGACAGGCAGUAUCUGAACACGGUGAUCCCGUAUCAGAAGAAAGGCUGCCCACCCUCUGUCGAGGACCUGCAGAUGCUCACAAACAUUCUUUUCGCCAUGAAGGAGGACAGUGAAAAGGUUCCCAUGCUAUUAACAGACUACAUUUUAAAAGUGCUCUGCCCGACCUAACGGACUGACGGGGACCCUAAGGAGCAACCGUCCGGCUCUGCAUGGAGUAACACCAAUAUUUUUGCAUUUUAAACCACAUCACAUUCAUCCAGAUUCCAGACAGGUGCUCUCCUCGCCACGUUCCUCCUGUCUGCUCACGAAGACCUUAACCUCUAAUCUGGAUUAAACCCUUGACCCUUUGUGUUGACCUUGGACCCUGGCUACUCGUCAAAUUACCAUCCAAUGCGUCUUCCCCUCCCCAUUAACUGGCUGCAGUUGGUGCCAGAAACCUGCUCAGCUCCAAGGGGUUAAACCUCCACGAAAACCACGUGAAAUGUCCGCUUCUGGGAAAGACCUAGCUACAAACGUCACCACUUGGCGGGAUGUCGGGGUCCACGUUUCAUGUAAUUCAGUAGACUUUUCAUUUCCCAACCAGUUAUACAAAUGGUAAAUUUUUCAAGCAGGAUGACUGCUAAGUGCUAGGCUAGAAAUAAUGGUUGG